AAGCCGAGCCGUUAAAGCCACCUCCUCUUUUCCGUUUCCCCUAUUUAUACGCGCCAUACAAACUCCAAACAACACACGAAAAUCGAGUGCGCACACAAAAAAAGGAAAAAAAAAAAGGGGAGAAUUCUCGCCGAUUAAACUUCCGAUCACCGUCAACAAUCAAUCAAUCAUCGCCGUCGCGACACCGUCACAGUGGUCGGAAAUGGUGAUGAUCGAUCAGUACAUAUUCGGGGGUUUCGUCGCUUCUCUGUUCGCGUUCGUGUUGCUGUACAGUUUGCGGAGGAGGACAAUUGGGAAAACGAAGGGCGGCGCGUCGAAGGCUGCGACUGCGAGCAUCGACGAAUGCGUCACCAGCCCCGCCGCGGACGGCGGUUCCAAGGCGGAAUCCGGUGGAGACGCUGACGUCAUCAUUGUCGGCGCCGGCGUUGCUGGGGCUGCCCUCGCUUAUACCCUCGGAAAGGAAGGGCGUCGAGUUCGUGUGAUCGAAAGAGACUUGACCGAGCCGGAUCGUAUUGUCGGUGAACUCCUACAGCCAGGUGGCUACUUAAAAUUGAUCGAGUUAGGCCUCGAAGAUUGUUUGAGUAAUAUUGAUGCUCAACGAGUUUUCGGAUAUGCCCUUUACAAGGAUGGUAAAGACACGAAAUUAUCUUAUCCGCUCGAGAAAUUUGACUCGGAUGUUUCCGGAAGGAGCUUCCAUAAUGGCCGGUUCAUACAGAGAAUGAGAGAAAAGGCUUCGACUGUUGCAAAUGUAAGAAUCGAACAAGGAACAGUUACUUCAUUGCUCGAAGAGAAUGGAACUGUUAAAGGAGUACAAUACAAAACAAAGAAGGGAGAAGAAAUCACUGCUUAUGCCCCUCUUACAGUUGUUUGUGACGGUUGUUUUUCGAACCUGAGGCGCUCUCUCUGUACUCCCGAGGUGGAAAAUCCAUCAUGUUUCGUCGGAUUAAUCCUCGAAAAUUGCGAUCUCCCACACGCUAAUCACGGGCAUGUUGUUCUUGGAGAUCCUUCGCCUAUUCUAUUCUAUCCAAUCAGCAGCACAGAGAUUCGAUGUUUAGUCGAUGUACCUGGACAAAAAGUUCCUUCAAUUGCUAGCGGUGAAAUGGCUAAUUACUUGAAGACUGUAGUUGCUCCUCAGAUUCCUCCUCAGCUUUACAAUUCUUUUAUAGCUGCCAUCGAGAAAGGGAAUAUAAGGACAAUGCCGAACAGAAGCAUGCCAGCAAAUCCACACCCUACACCAGGUGCACUUCUAAUGGGAGAUGCAUUCAACAUGAGACAUCCUUUGACAGGUGGCGGAAUGACAGUUGCCUUAUCCGAUAUUGUUCUUUUACGUGAUCUUCUUAGACCUAUACACGAUCUAAACGAUGCUUCGAUCCUUUGCAAGUAUCUCGAAUCCUUCUACACUCUAAGAAAGCCGGUGGCAUCUACAAUCAAUACUUUGGCAGGAGCCCUUUACAAGGUUUUCUGUGCAUCGCCCGAUCCUGCAAGAAACGAAAUGAGAAGGGCUUGUUUUGACUAUCUUAGCCUUGGAGGGGUUUGCUCUAACGGGCCUAUUUCGCUCCUCUCGGGCCUAAAUCCGAGCCCGUUAAGCCUCUUUCUCCAUUUCUUCUCCGUGGCUGUUUUUGGAGUUGGUCGAUUAUUGCUUCCGUUUCCUUCUCCACAGAGGGUGUGGUUGGGUGCUAGACUGCUAUCAGGUGCAUCUGGAAUUAUUUUCCCAAUUAUAAAAGCUGAAGGAGUUAGACAGAUGUUCUUCCCGGCUACAGUUCCAGCCUACUACAGAUCUCCCCCUGUUAAUUAAAGAUAAAUAAUCGACGGAAUUCUCCUAUUCGUUAUUUUUUGUGUAGUUUGCUUUUCUUGAAAUGGUGUUUAUUAGUUUGUGUUAUUUUGUUGGUGUUUUUUACUUUUUAGCCUUUAAACAAAGGCAUGUGGAGAAGACCAAUACGAGAUUUAAAGAUUAGAAUAUAUUGUAAAGCUUCUUAUGUUCUUAGAACAUGAAAUAAAUAUUUACAUCUCAAACUUGUAUUUUAUCACUUGUAAUGUAAUAAAAUAUGUUUACUAUCUUCUCUUGAA